GCGCAGUUGGAACAGAAUGACGUCAUUUAACAAAAAUGGCGGCCUUCGUUAGAGCAUCUCUUUGUUGACAUCAACAUAAAAAGGUUUCCAGCUUAUUGUAGACCUUUCAAUACAGACAUGGGGAAGCAUGCAACUGUGGCCUGGAUGGUGCUGGUGUUUGUAUUAUGUGUGACUACUGUCCUUUCACAAGCAGAUCGUUUGAAGUGCCCAAGCCAGGGUGGCUCUAUUGAACAUGGCAGUCAAACAGAAUUUCUGGAGCCUCACCAAGUGAUUCACUAUGUGUGUCAUCCGGGAUAUUUUAUGGUAGGGGAGGUAAAGCAAACUUGUGGUGCUGAUGGCCAGUGGGUACCAGCACAGAGGCCAGAGUGUCUUGCCAAAGUUGAGAAAGGCACUUAUUGCAAGAUAGACCCACCACUGAUGUAUGCCAAAGUUCGUUUAGAUAAUGAUCGCAUGUAUGCAGUGGCAGGGGAUACUGCAACAGUUGUUUGUACCCCUGGUUAUCACACAGUAGAUAACAAAGAAAUUUUCCAUAUAAUCUGUGGAAACACUGGCAUUUGGACAAUGCCGGAUGGAUCGCCUGUUGUUCAGUGCAAUGAGAAGCAGUGUCCAGUGCCACCUAAUGUUCCCAAUGCUGUGUUUCGCUAUACCUUCUACACAUCGGCAACUGUCACCAAUGUUCAGAGAGUGGAGUACCUGUGUAUGGAUGGCUUUGUGCUGGUGGAUUCUGCUCAGUAUUACCUGACAUGCAAUGAUGGAGAAUGGGAAGGACCAGUUCCUACCUGUGUACGCAGUAUGUCUUGUCCACCACCACGAGACAUCUACAGUGGAGCAUGGAAAGUGAAAACAGGCCAGAAGGAUGGGGACAUGUAUGCAGUGGGCACAGAGGUUCAGUACACGUGUCAAGUUGGCUAUAAGCUCAUUGGCUCCCAGACUUUGGAAUGCACUUCCAGUCGACAGUGGUCUAAAGUGGCCCCUGUGUGCCUGCCGUCCACUGAAAAGAACUGGUACUGCCCGGAACUGCACAAGAUUAACAAUGGUUACUGUAGAUGUGAAGACGAGCAAAGCAACAGCUUGGAUCAGUGUCAGCCAUAUUAUCGUGGAAUCCAGGUGCAAUGUUUCUGCAACAGUGGCUACAAGCUGCAGGGCUCAGCUUUGUUGACCUGUACUGGGCUAGGACCCCAUGAUGAGGGGGCUUGGGACCAUGAAGUGCCCUAUUGUUUGAGAGAUGGAGUUGAAGACAUAGAUCCAAGUUUUGAGGAUGAGAGGAGUGACCAGGGCUUGCACAUUACAGCAGAGGGCCGAACUCAUGUCAGUACACUGGUUAUCGUCAUAGCAACUGCCUGCAGUGUUCUAGGUGUUCUUUUGCUUAUUAUGGUGAUUGUUGUCUUCCGUCGUAAGAAGCCCCGGCCUCGGCUUUUCCACCCCAGUGUCACGCCGCCACCUUAUUCUCGUGUCCAUAAUAAUGUCUUAGAUGAGCAUGACCGGCUUGCCCUCAUGGCUUAUGCAGAUGCCACACGUGUUCAUCUUCCUACCUAUGAGGAAGCUGUUCAGGCUGGCAGAAGCACUCCCACUGCACCUCCACCUAGGUCAAAUACCACCACACCUUCCAGCGAUUUUCGCCCCCUGCCUAGCAUCCCCGCUACCCUUCGAGCUCCCAGUGGUGUGGCCUCUGCAGGAGCAGACAAUCCCAACCGACAUUCCACAGUCACCACCAGCACCAUUAACCGUGAUGGCGUCUCAGAAAACUUUGGCUCACUGGACACUGUGAAUGUCAGCAUGAGUGAUGCCUCGACAUCAGUCACUGUGGAGACUUUCGACAGUGGGACCUCCACGCGCUCCAUAACAUCUCAGCGAGCUACAGCAGGUAGCUUAACGUCAUCAGAUGACAACUUGGCAAAUGACAAUGCUCCUCUGCUGGACAGUAGUAGUGGCUACUGUGAAGAAGACUCGCGGGAUUGCCCUACACCUAACCAGGAUCAAAAAGAAGAGUGACAGAGAAAAUGGAGAAGGAAGAAAGUGACGAGAGACAUCUGAUGAGAAAGUUGUGGAUCAUGAGCUUUUACAGUAGCGCCUUUCCUUGAAACUGUGAUGAUUUAUAAGAUACAGCAGAAAAUCCAUUGCCAGGCCAGUUCUGCCUACGUGAGGUUCUCACAAACACCUUAAAGUAUUUAACAUAGGAUCAAAAUAUGUUGUUAAUGUCUUUACCUAGCAGUGUAGGUUUUGUCUUGUCUGCAACAUCGUGGACAUUUCAACCUUGGGGUUAAGGCUUAGAAUUCUUUAAUUCAUCAGUUGAGACCCACAGCAUUGUGGAUUAAAGUGACAGAUGGAUUUGUACAUUGUUCCAUAGAUUAUGUCAACAUUCUGUCCACUAAUAUCUCUGUGGUUUUGUCUGUUCAUGGUCUGUUCUUCUGUAAGAUUUACCAAUACUUUCUCUCUGUCUUGUUGUGUUUUUGAACAGAAUAUGUGAGGUUUUUUUUUUAAUAUGCGGGCAUUUUAUUUCUUUUUUUUUUUUUUUGCUGACCUUAAAUUAUAAGUCUUUCUGGGCAUUCUAUCUGGCAUUGCUGCUUCAGCUGGUCUGCAGGGAUAAAUUCUAAUUUCUUAGCUUGGUCGGAGUUAUGGAAAUAUGGUGAUAAAUUCCCAGCAUAUAUAAAUAUCUUUGAAGUAAAAUUAUAUGAUGCUUUUGUCGUCAUUUGCUAUCCCAAACCUUGCAUUUUUUGCCUAAAUAUGUUAUUCGGCUGAGAAAAUGUCACUCUUCAUAGUGCAAUAAGUAAAACUAAACUUCUCUUUCCCUUUCUUGAUUUUGUGGUUUAUCAAAAAACAGAUGUGUUUAGGUCAUGUAGAAUCAGAGUAGACAAAUAGAGGUAAAUGAUGUGAUUUCUUUAUCUGUGUACAUUUCAGGCUGUCAACAAGAAUGGUAGAUAAUGUAAAUAUUUAACAUCAUGGAACUUAAACAUUAUGCUUUAUUUCCUUCUAUGGCUUUUAGUAGACAUGUUUACAAGAUAGGUUGCGUAGAAUGCUCAAGCACAGUUUUUGUUGCGUGUUUGUGUACAUUGGAGAUUGUGAUAGCAUGCGUGUAUGUGGACAAGUGUGUAUUUGUGGACAAACUGCAGCUAUGUGCAUGUUUGUCUUGAUCAGACAUAAGACCCUAUUUAACUUGCAUGUAAUCUAGUUGCACAGUUAUAAUUACCAUUUGAAAUCUACAUCUCAUAAAAGAACAAUUUACGUAGCUUGUUCUAAACAUUUGUUAUCAUUCACUGUAAAAAAUAUGAGCACCAUUGCAAACAUACAUGUUAAAUGUUUACUCAAAUUUAUCAUUAUUUCAGAUGGUAAAAAAGCAAAUAAAUAUUGUCAUAUUAUCUGCAGUAUUUGCAGACGCAUUAUAAAAUAUCAAGAUUGAACCUCAUUGUUUUGCUAAAUACUCAUAUUUCCUGAUGGCACAUUAUGAUCUUAUUAAGUCUAUCGCUUUUUUAAUUUCACUGUGUGAAGGAAUCAGUUCUGUAUUGGGAAUGUUAAUAAUAGAAGUGGGACUCAGCUUUCAGCAAAGAAUGUAAAAGUAUGAACGAAUCCCUUGAUCAGAUGUGCUAUGUUAACUGUGGUCAACAUGCUGCCUGUUAAUGUAAUGGUGGCCAUCAUCAUACAGUAAUCCUGGGUGCAGUACGUUAGACCCUGCUGCUUUGCUGACCAGGUGGGCUACUUAAGCCUUGCUGCUGGGAAGGCAACUGCUUGGUGUAGCUGCCCAUCUGUCUUACCAUGCACACCACAGUUUGUUACAGCUUACAGCUGACCGAGAUCUGUGCACUCUGCUACAGUCAUGUCAGCUGGGAAAUGUGACAAGCUCCCUAGAAUAUAAUUAUGCAUCAUUUCAAAUUGUUUGGUUUCUUAUGAAGACUAAUGAAAAAAAGUCUGAUUUGUUAUUUAUGUAAACGCAAGAAUACUCUCGAGAGCUCCUUGACAUUUUUUUUUUUUUUUUUUUAUAGCAACCUAAGGGGAAAUUAAUUCAAGGAACUUUCUUUUUAUAUGGAAGAAUUUUGCAUUUCAUUGGUCAAAAUGGAUUUAAUUAUAGUUAGAUUUGUCAGAAACUUCUUUGUACUUUAUUUUUUAAUUGGUGCCAUGAUUUUUCAGUGUACUACAAUGUGUGUGAAAAGACGCAGCUGUAUUACAUAAUUAUCUGUUAUUUAGAAAUCAUGUUUCCAACAUUUUUGUGGUAAGGGUAUUACUAUAUUUUUAAAAAAAUAAAAUUUAGGUAAUUUUUAAACUCCAUCUUGAAACCGGUUAUUUUUAAGACAUUUGGUUACAGCAUUUAUGAAAUGUAUACUGCUCAUUGAUGAAGAUCGAAAUAAAAUCGUGAUUACAAAUCAGUCCACAUUUAAAGAUAGCUCAUGUUUAGAUUAAGAGGUUAGCUCCUUUGUACUUGUCCAUGACCCAAACAGAUAAUCUUUUAUGAAGAUAAUGUAGAGAAAGGGAGUCUAUUUUCUAACUUUCAUAAAAGGCAUGGGUAUCCUCUUUAUUCAGUGGAUCUUGCAAAUAUUAGAGGGCAAAACCAACAGAAAAAAUCCCUUUUUUUUUUUUUUUAAAAAAACAUUUGAUCAAUUUCUAAUGCAGCUUUUGUUCGAGUCAAAAUUUGGAUUUGCUCAUUUAAAGGGGCAUAGUUUAUACAUUAUUUAAAGAUCAAUUUGUGGCAGCCAGACACAUUUUACACAGGUAAGGUUGUGAAUUCAGCAUUAUGCAAACCUCAUAGGAGAUAAGUGUUCUAACCUGAUAUUUAAUAGAUCUCCAAGAGAAAGAAAAAACUAAUUAUGGUAUUUCUUCAAGUGCACUCUCUUGCACAUGUAGAAUGGAUGUGAAAUGGAAUCCACCAGAAGAGGAAAAACCAAAAAAAAUGUUUUUAAAUGAACACUACAGGCUGAUGUAUAUUACAGGCCCUUGUUAUGAUAUUUAAGUAAUUUCCAUUACCUGUAUGCGAUGUUACCACAAUUGCAUUCAUGAAAUUUUAAUAUCAUUAUGAUAAAAAUCUACUUGAAAUUUCGUUUAGAUUGUAAACUAUGCUUCAGGAUCUUUCAGUGCAAUCAGAGAUUUCGUUAUACUUGUCUGUAACAUGUGCCGUAGGUUAUUGACACAAUUGAUUUCAUGUGAUUGGAGAAACUGUUGAGAGCAUGUGUGUGUGUAAAUGCAUUGGAGGUAUUCAGGCAGUUACAUAGGAAACUGAUGUUUUAUGAACUGUUAUUCACCAGUGUAUUAUUUAUACUGUACACACAUUUCACUGCAAAAAUAGUCUUUUGUGUUUGACUAGACACUUGUCUUACAAUUAAAGCUUCAUUUGUGCUGAAGUUAUAUCA